CGCUUGGCUUUCGAGGCACGCGGAUGCCAGAUUUCCCCGGAUGGGGCGUGUGCGGCUGCCGGGGCCGCAUCGUGUGCACGCCAAAUUCUCCCGUCCUCGACACCAGCUAGCGAGGCUACGCAGCAGCUGAUGAUACCUUAUCCCCCGCUGGCACUCUGGCAGCUAGCUAUUACCCCCCUGCUGCGCCGCGCAGCCUUCUGGUCUACCCCCGUUGGCUGCUUCUUCUACCUACCCUCGCCGUCGCCUCAACUUCCCGGCCGCCGUCCCCUCCGAUCACCAGCUGCUGCUUGUGCUGCUGAGCCAAGAGCAGCUAGCGAUGAACAUCUUGAACCUGCAGCCCAUCAACCCAGGCGGGCACCCGGCGUUCCCGGCGGCCAAGGAGAGCGGGCACCUCACGCCGGCGUCGGUGCGCUUCGACGGCGUGCCGGUGCCGGCGCAGUCCCACGCGCACUGUCCGAGGUGGCAGGCUCAGACGCUGCGCCGGGACAGCAGCUACGUCGGCGUGGAGCACGAAGGGACCAGGACCACCGCGUCCGUCCCGGUCCCGGUCCCGGUCCCAGCCGUUGCCCCGGUGCCUGCCCCGUUCAAGCCGCUCACGCUCGACUUCCUGCGGUCGCUCAUGGACAGGAGCUGCAGCAUGAGCCCCGCCGUCGCGGAGUACGGCGAGGACAGCGCCCCGCCGCCGCCGCAGAUGGUGGCGCUCCGCGUGGUGGUGGCCUCCGCCGUGGAGCUGGACGCGCGCCAGACCGAGCUCAUCGCGCGCAAGAUGCGCCGCCUCACCGGGUUCGUCAACCUCAAGGUCGACAACGUCGUGGACGCGUCCCUCCUCGCCGGCUUCGUCGUCCGCUACGGCACCGACGACUCGCACGUCAUCGACCUCAGCGUCAAGGGCCAGCUCGCCGCGCUCCAGAACCGCGUCGACUCCAUCGACCACCAGACCGCCCACGUCCACGGACACCCGCACCACUGAUCAUCCGAUCCAACACCUCUGGACUCUGGUGCACAUGCACCGGAACCGGACUACACCGGAGCGAAGCGCGCCAUUGCCAAACCGUGCUACAGCUUGCAGUAUACAAGAGCCUAUCUCCAUGACUGUGAUUACGAGACUAUAUACAGAACCGAAUUGAACGCCAUGGCAACAACAGUUUUCCUGUCUAAUGUUGUUGUAAAUCGCGACUGCUACCUAUCCUUCCUGCUGAGCCUAUAUAUGUUUCUAUUGCUAAAAAAACGAACGUUAUUGUAUAAUAUGAUCGAUGUGGAGACAUCAUCCUCUAUGGCGUAAAGUGCAAUAUACUAUCUCAAGGGCCAAGGCCGAGGUUUGU